AUGGAUUUAAAUGAGAGUGAGCUAAUCAGUCGGAUAUCUCAAGCCAAUUCUUUAAGAGUUGAAGGUGACAUAGAAGAAAUCUCAACUUUCAGCAUCUACAAGAUUUAUAUCCGAAUAAUCAAGUUUCAAUUGUGAUGGAAAUAUUUUGUGGAAAGUCCCCUUUUGAAUCUGACAGUGAAGAUUCCCAGUUAUUAUAUGUAA